UUCCAACUUCACUCCAACCCUCUCAACCAUUCUGCUUCCUUUGUCAUCUCUUUUCUUUUCUCAUCACUACUCUCACAGGUUCUUCUUUACUCUUGUCCUUCCUCCUCCCUUCCCUCUACGGCUGCCGUCCGAAUCUUCCCGUCGGGUUCCUUGACGUCAUCCACAACACUGCUGCCUUGACUCCGACAAGCAGAGCACCCGCACCCCAGGACAUCUCAUCGUUUCCAUCAUGAGAGCCUUCGAAACCGUCCUUCUGGCGGGAGUGGCUUCGGCCGCCGUUGCACCACAGCAACAGCCCAUGCAAUUCCCAACCACCUUCCCUGCAGAAGCUAAGAAUGUGCUGGAUAAGCAGAUGCACAACCUGAAAGAUGCCCUCAAAGGAUUGACCGCCGAAGCUGCGGCUAUCUGGGAUGAGGUUGCCAUGUUGUAUCCCGAGGAGAUGUCUGCUGCAAGCUUCUUUUCCACCCCAAAGAAGCACAGUCGUCGCCCCGAUCACGAAUGGGAUCACAUUGUCCGUGGUGCCGAUAUCCAGAGCGUCUGGGUCGAGAACGCCAACGGCGAGGCGGAAAGAAAAGUCGAUGGCAAGUUGGACACAUAUAACCUCCGAGUCAAGUCCGUCGAUCCCAGUGACUUAGGAGUUGACCCUGGGGUCAAGCAAUAUUCUGGUUACCUUGACGAUAACGAGAACGAUAAGCAUUUGUUUUACUGGUUCUUCGAGUCGAGGAACGAUCCCGAGAACGACCCAGUGGUCCUAUGGUUGAACGGUGGUCCCGGCUGUUCGUCUUUGACUGGACUUUUCCUUGAACUCGGCCCCUCACGCAUCAACGAGAAACUUGAGAUCGUCUCCAACCCCUACUCCUGGAACGCGAAUGCCAGCGUCAUCUUUUUGGACCAGCCUGUCAAUGUGGGAUAUUCCUACUCGAGCUCUAGUGUCUCCAACACAGUCGCCGCUGGCAAGGAUGUGUAUGCUUUGCUCACCUUGUUCUUUGAACAAUUCCCGGAAUAUGCUCACCAGGACUUCCACAUUGCGGGUGAAUCCUAUGCUGGACACUAUAUCCCAGUGUUUGCAUCUGAGAUCUCGUCCCACAAGAAGACCAACAUCAAUCUUAAAUCUGUCUUGAUCGGCAACGGCUUGACCGAUGGACUCACUCAGUACCAACACUAUCGCCCCAUGGCCUGUGGUGAUGGCGGUUGGCCAGCUGUGCUGGACAAGCAAUCAUGCCAAGCCAUGGACAACUCGCUUCCUCGGUGCCUUUCCUUGAUCCAGAACUGCUACGACAGCGAGAGUGUCUGGUCCUGCGUACCUGCGAGCAUCUACUGCAACAAUGCCUUGCUUGCUCCUUAUCAGCGCACUGGACAAAAUGUGUAUGACGUUCGAGGAAAGUGCAAGGACAGCAGCAACCUCUGCUACCCCGAACUUGGCUGGAUCAGCAAGUGGCUCAACAGCAAGGAAGUCAUGAAGGCCCUUGGCGUGGAAGUUGACGGAUACGACUCUUGCAACUUUGACAUCAAUCGAAACUUCUUGUUCCAGGGUGAUUGGAUGCAACCAUACCACCGCUUGAUCCCCGGCCUGAUUGAGAAAUUCCCUGUCCUGAUCUAUGCAGGUGAUGCAGACUUUAUCUGCAAUUGGCUUGGAAACAAGGCAUGGACCGAGGCUCUUGAGUAUCCCGAGCACGAAAAGUACAAGGCUGCCGAGACCAAGGACCUACGUCUUGACGGCACUAAGACCGGCAGGAAGAUCGGAGAUGUCAAGUCACACGGCAACUUCACCUUCAUGCGCAUUCAUGCUGCUGGUCACAUGGUUCCUCUUGACCAACCUGAGGCAAGCUUGGAAUUCUUCAACCGAUGGCUAUCAAAAGAGUGGUUCUAGUUUGAACGGGCACUUCGCAGUGCAUAUGGCGGGGGGAGUAGUGAAUUGCAAUACUACUGGCUUAGGCUAUGAAGUGUAACAUUGAUGCACAUAGUUUGGACCAUUGGAUAAGUCAGGCAGUGUGUGUGUGGUGGUGCCUAGUUUGGCGAAAGGAUUGCUCUGGACGUCCCAGCGGGCGGCUACAGAUGUCUGUUGUAUCGUGCUCCAGAGUUGAUUCAUGACAGGCUGCAUGACUAUCGAUUUUCUCAUGUAUGAAUGAGGAUUACAUUUGUUCCCUUGA